CAAGCCAUCUUCGUUGAUACAGACAUCCUCACUGACGUCGAUGAUGUUGGAGCCUUAGCAAUAGCCAACGUACUUCACAACUGCGGGCUCGCUGACCUACAGGGAGUGGCAGUCAACACACAUUCAAGAUACGGCGCGUUGGCUGUGAGCGCUAUCAAUACUUACUUUGGAAAUAGCGACGUGCCCGUUGCUGCCAUACGACCGCUGACUGAGGAUACCUUCUUCGACAGAAUGACUUACAGAUGUGGCGAGUAUGCGAGUAGAGUCGCCUACAAUUGGCCGCGAGCGUUGAAUGAAUCCUUCAGCACACCAACACCGGUUGAGCUCUACCGUAGCGUAUUGGCUUCGGGGGGCAAUAACAGCCUCAAUAUGAUUUCUGUUGGUUUUCUGACAAACAUUGCCGACCUACUCCGCUCGCCGGCAGAUGGGAUCAGCAGCUUGACAGGACUCGAACUGAUCAAUGCUAAAGUCAAGGAACUGAUCGUAAUGGGCGGCCGCUACCCAUCAGGCUGGGAGUACAACUUCGGUGGCGUAGACCCAGCAAGUACGCGGUAUGUUCUGGAACACUGGCCGGUAGAUGUACCCUUGACCUUUUCCGGCUGGGAACUUGGAGUAGCCAUCUGCUCAGGCCAGAAUCUGCGAACACAUUCCCCGCCUAAUUCGCCGGUCUUUGCUGCGUAUGAGUGGUACAUUGGCCGCUGUCAGACAGUGUGGGAAUCGUGGGAUCCCGUUACGGUGCUUUACGGUAUCCUGGGGAUGGAUGGGUUCGAACAGCUCGGUCUCACGUCUCCAUUUGCGUAUGCAAACGAGGGUGGAUAUAACGCAAUUGUCGAUGAUAAGGGAGCCAACGCAUGGGUGAACGAUCAGACUGUGACAAACCAGCAUUGGCUGAAGCUUGCAUACGGGGUAAAUAAUUGGACUGUUGCAGAGAUCCUGAAUCGCUUCCUGACGUACGACCCGAAGCAGCAGGAG